CCCGUCUGUGGCGUUUGUUUGGGUCUAUAAGAAGCCCGCGGUGCUGCGUAACGGCGUCGGGGGGGAAGAUGGAGGGCUACUGGUGUUUUCUGGCGCUGCUGGCGUCGGCGCUGCUGCUGGGCUUCUGCUCCGUCGUCUUCGCCCUCGUCUGGGUUCUGCACUACCGCGAGGGGCUCGCCUGGGACGGGGGGAACGCCGAGUUCAACUGGCACCCGGUGCUCCUCAUCACGGGCUUCGUCUUCGUGCAAGGGAUCGGUGCGUAAAAGCGCGCAAGUUGCAGGGAGCAAGCGGCGCGGUGCCCGCAGGCAGAGCUUUGCGCGCCCCUUGGAGAGGCAUCGAGGGGGUGGGAAAGCGCGGGGAAUCGGCGUUGGGGGGGGGGGUCGAGAAAGCGGGAGGGGUGCUUCUCUAAACUUCUUUGGAAAGUGUUUAUUUGAAUAUGGUGGGGGGGGAUUGUGUACCCUUGAAAACGUUGGCAGCGUUGAGAUAAAUUCAACAGUGUAAAAGAAGUUUGGACGGAUGUAAGAAUGGAAUACUGAAUGGUUUAGUUUAUGUAUACGCAGGGAUUUAUGAUACCCAAAAGGAACCACGGAAAGAGAAGAAGGGAAGUCACUGAUAUUUUAAGGAGGUCUAAAUGAGCAUUCUAAGUUGUAAAACAGAAAAUUUAAUAAAAAUUAUACACGGAGAGGAAGGGGGCUGCUUGCAUCUCAGCAACAGGGCAGCUGCCCCAAACUUCUGCGGCUGGUUAGAAAGCAUUGAAAUUUGUUUAGGUGUGUAGCGACAGCAGCUAGGGUUCUUUUUUGGGCAAGGAAGAACUUCCCACGAAAGAAAAAUGGAUAAGUCAGCUGGCUAUGCAGAACUGGUGAAAUUAACAGCAAAAUCCAGAGCGAUGACAAAUAGCAACAACAGCAAUAAUGUUGUUUUUUGUACCCCACCCAUCUGACCGGGUUGCCCCAGCCACUCUGGGCGGCUUCCAACAGAGAUCACCUCUGACGAUGAGUGUUUUAUGGAAGAAUGGAUGCCUUUUUUGGACUGUUAGGAGUACGAUGAACUCGCGAGCAGGAUUUGAUCUAUGAACAACAGAAGGGAUUCGAUUAUAGAGGUUAUAAUUUAAUAAACAGAAGGAAGUAAAGUUCAGCAGAAGGGGGGAAUCGAAAACUCCAUGGAGGACGGGGCGGGAAAUUGACACAAAUAAGAGAAAAGUCGAACUUGCGUUUUCAGUGAAUGUGUUAAAAAUGGGGGGGGGGGGGGAGAGAGGAGAAAAAGAAAGUGAAUGUGCACUUGCUAAGACUGCGUGGCGACUUGGGAGUAAACCAAAGAAGAAGAAGUUCCAUUGAACUGAAUGGGGAUUGCUGAGUUUUCUUGGAGCUACAGAAGGCUAUGUUUUAUAACUCUUCAGUUUUGCUGCGUUCAGUUGGCCAGGAUUGCAGCCUCAAUUUCUUCAGCAAAAUUAAGAUCGCAGCUGCCACUACUUCUGCUUUUUUCUGCAACAAGUUGAAACUCUUGAAAGCGGCUCUGUUGCACGCAGCCAGAAUUGUUAGCACACAGAUCAGUCCCAGAGCGCAGGGCUCUUUAAGUAUUCCAUGUUGCUGAAUUCUUGGCUCCCCGCCCCCGGGGGGGGGGGUAAGGCAGAAUGCAGAACGCAUUCAUUGUCCAGAGAACUGUGCAGUGCAAAACAUACUUGACUCAUUUCUGAGUACUGUAAAUGUGAUCCAGCAGUGUGCUACAAAAAUGCAUUCUUCUGAGGCGUAGUCCACUUAUUUAAUUACACAAUCAGUUUCUUAUACAACCAGCAAAGAAGAAGAAGAAGAAGAAGCCUUCUAUCCCCCACUCCCUCCAAUGACUGCAUUUUUUGUGGCAGGGUCACAACCACAUCUGGAUUCCGUCAAGCGUAUUCCAUUGAGCCAGGAAGGCUUAACAUUAUCUGUGCUUCCUGUUUACCGAUGUUUGACUCACUUGAUGUGAACUGAAAAGUGGAAUGUUUGAGCCUCCUUGUUUUUCUUUUCAUUAGGGGAUUGAUUUGAUUUUGCUUAAGUUGUUUCAUCAUGUUGUAAAUUGGGGGGGGGGGGGGUUUAUCUACCAUGACUGAGCUGGAUAGUGCAUGAGCAAGAAAAAUAAUGUCUUUAAGGUGGGAAACUGGUACAUGUAUACCCAGAGACUUAAUCUGAGUAGAUUUGUCUUAAGAUUUUAGCCCAAGGCUGUAGAUGAUAAUAGCUGCCUUGGGAGCAUUGUGCAGUUGGUAGAAAAUUAACACACUCGGGCCUUGACCAGCACAUUCCGCAAUCCAGCACGCUUGCAAGGAUUGCAGUGGAAGGCCAUCUGUGGCUACUAGCCAUGAUUAUUAUGCUCUCAAUAGCAGUUGGAGGCAGUAAUACUUAACAAUGGCCGUUGCUGAAGACCACAGGAGGGGAGGUUACUCUUGGGGUUGUAUCCUGCUUGCAGUUGUAUCCUGGUUGGCCACUGUGAAAGCAGGAUACUGGUCUAGAUGGGCAGCCAUUGGCCUGAUCCAACAGGCUCUUCUUAAAUAUUUAAGUUUUUUUUAUCUCCCCUGCCCAGCCAAAAUUUGUGGCCGAAAACAGGCUGUCCUCACGCAGCCCACUAUCAGUAACACUGCAUGUCUACUCAAGAAGACGUAUCAGGCUCAAUAGGGCUUACUCCCAAAUAACUGGAUAAGAUUACAACCUUGAACGUAUGUUUUGCAUCCAUAUUGUCUUAUUUCUUCGUGCUUCUGUUUUGACUAAGGCUGCAGUCCUACAAAGUUUUAUACAGUUACCUUGGAAUAUGCUCCAUUGAAAACACUGAGACUUUUGAGUAGACGUGAACAGUGGUACCUCGGUUUCCGAGCGCCUCGGAAGCCAAACGCAGAGCCGUCUUUCCCAUGGGGCUUAGUGGUGCGUCGCGCCAGGGCGCCGGCCUCUCAGGGGCGCCCCAGCAAGUGGGGGAGCUGCGCGGCUUUGCCGGUGGCCUCCCCUUUUCCUGCACGCCCGCCAUAAUGAUGGCGGGUGCAGAACUCCUCCCAAGCCUCUGCGGGGAUCACUCUCCCGCAGCGGCAUGGGGGAGAGUUGUGGAGGCCCCCGGAUGGUUGGCAGUGUGCAGCUACGGCCACCCCAACACUAUCCGUGGUAAUUUGGGGGCGCUGGGCGGAUAUUUGCACCCGGCACCGCAUCUGCUAAAGACGGCCCUAGCCAAACGUUUUGGUUUUCGAAUGCCGAAAACCAGGAAGUAAAUGCUUCCAUUUUCAAACGCACCUCGGAAGUUGAACGGCUCCAGCUGCGUUUUUUUUCCAUUUUCUCCAUUUACUUUGCAGACCGCCCUUUGCGCCUGGGUUGUCGAACAUUUCGGAAGUUGAACGGUCUUCCGGAAUGGGUUACGUACGACAACCGAGGUACCACUGUAUAUGGUAUUGCACUGUAAGUGCAGUUAUAGUGCUGGGUUGGUUUCGCGUAAUUCUCAAAGCAAUUAGUUUUAAUAGCAUCCGGUAAUAAGAGGCACUAAAGCUGGAGAAUAAAGACAAUAUUACAAUUCACAUUUAAAAGCAAGGGUAUUUGCUAUGAUAGAAAAUUGGAAAAAGAAGACAUCUACAGUUCAGUCCUGUACAGAAGUCCCACUGAGUUCAGUGAGUUUGGUUGAUUGUUUAUUUAAUUUCUAUACCACUUAAUAUAUUAAAAAUAUUUUAAGCGAUGUACAGAGAACUGAAGCAACAUCAAACAACUUAAACAAAAUAUUACAAAAAUACACAGUUGCAUAUAAAAAUGUUGCAUAUAUCUAUAUAUAUAUCAAUUCAUUUUCCUUCUGACAUUUUCCAGUAUAGAAUUACAACCUUAAGCUUAAAACUGUAUGUUAUGCUGCAGCAUGUCAGUAUACUAAGGUAAAGGACCCCUAGACAGUUAAGUCCAGUCAAAGGUGACUGGGGUUGCGGCGCUCAUCUCGCUCUCAGGCCGAGGGAGCUGGCAUUCGUCCACAGACAGCUUUCUGAGUCAUGUGGCCAGCAGGACUAAACCGCUUCUGGCACAACGGAACACCGUGACAGAAACCAGAGCACACGGAAACGCUGCUUAUCUUCCCGCCGCAGUGGUACCUAUUUAUCUACUUGCACUGGUGUGCUUUCGAACUGCUAGGUUAGCAGGAGCUGGGACAGAGCAAUAGCAGCUCACUCCGUCACAGGGAUUCAAACUGCCGACCUUCUGAUCGGCAAGCCCAAGAGGCUCAGUGGUUUUUAGACCAUAGCGCCACCCACGUCCCUAUGUCAGUAUACUAUUUAGAACAGGGGUGGGGGAACUUGUGGUUCUCUAGAGCUUGUUAGACUGGAGUUCCCAUCAGCUGUAGCCAACAUGGUCAUUGGUGAGAGAUGAUGCGAUUUGUAAUCCAGCAACAUUUGGAAAGCCAAGAUUUUCCCACCCCCCUAUUGAUGCUGAGAGGGAAGUGGCAAGUAAGAUGAGGAGCAGAGAUGAUAUUAAGAAGUACAAUAAUCUUAUUAAUGGUUAGUUCUUUUUUCUCAACUGCGUUUUAUUUUUGUCCCCCACUUUUUGAGGGAGCAACACUUUGCUUCCUAAUGUUGAUUUAAAAUUUCUUAUUUGGGUACCCAUCGCUGCAUUGUAAAGGUAAAGGUAAAGGGACCUCUGACCAUUAGGUCCAGUCGUGGCCGACUCUUGGGUUGCGACGCUCAUCUUGCUUUAUUGGCCGAGGGAGCCGGUGUACAGCUUCCGGGUCAUGUGGCCAGCAUGACUAAGCCGCUUCUGGCGAACCAGAGCAGCGCACAGAAACGCCGUUUACCUUCCCGCCGGAGCGGUACCUAUUUAUCUACUUGCACUUUGAUGUGCUUUCGAACUGCUAGGUUGGCAGGAGCAGGGACCGAGCAACGGGAGCUCACCCCGUCGCGGGGAUUCGAACCACCGACCUUCUGAUCGGCAAGUCCUAGGCUCUGUGGUUUAACCCACAGCGCCACCUGUGUCCCUAUAAAAUGGUGUUGAGGUGCAGAGGGGAGUUUGGUAAGCAAACUGACAAGAUGCGACAUAAAGAAGGUAUAACUUGGGUACGAGAGGACAGGGUGACGUAAAGGGAGAGAACUCUUCGCACAGCCUGACAAGACUAAGAAUGCCUAUCAAGAAUGCGGGAAGACAAAGGGAGUAUUGAGUUGUAGAAAAGCAGAAGGGUAUGUGGAAAAUGAAAGAACUUGAACUCUGUCUGUGCAUUCCUUUGCAAAAGUCUGUUUUCAGUUCAGCCAGCUUGCCGCAGUUAGGUCACAUUAUUCUUCAGCUUUAGCAAUUGCAUUCACCUGAAUUACCUGUCGCGUUAGACGCACAGUAAUGCAGAACAGCUCACACAACGUAGCUUUUUACGAACGCAUAUAAAAUAUUAUGUGUGCGCUCGUAAAAUUGCAACGUGCAAAUCCAUUUGUGUGGUUUGUAAGUGGAUGUGCCAGGAACAAAAGAAUGUGAUCUGUCACAGGACUAGGUUUUUAUUAGCGUUUGACGCUCUUAUGAGAGGAAGCCAAAAUGCUUCUAAGAAGGGGGGGGGGGAGCUACGUGGACAGAAUUGUGUGCAGCCUUCUUCCUGCCCCAAAAUAAAAUUAUGAUACACUUUUUAAGCAUCUCUGUGCCUGCUUGCCAAAGGCUUAUUAAGCCCCAUUAGACUCAACAAGACUUGUUGGCAUACAGGCAUUCCUAUGAGAAGCUGCAUGUAAGCACUUAAUAGCUGAACUUUCUUUGUUCUUCUGUGUUUAAACUGGUGCUCUUCCCCUCAACCUGUUGAAAACAAGGCUACCAUAUUUCCAGUCUGAAUGUGCUUUUCUUCAACUCCUGGCGGGGGGGGAGAAAAAGCUGUGAAAUUGCAGAAAGGUUGUGUACAGUUGACUUGAAAAGACGUCUUCAAAUGUCAAUAUUGUGCUUCCUAUAGCAUAGGGAAAUAUACAUUGGUUCCAGUUCCAGGACAUUCCAUUUAGGAACAGAGUUUUCUUUAUGACUUAUAUAGUGGAUGUGUAGACCUUGGCAUGCGCUGUACAUAAAUUAGAAUGUUUUAUAAGGCUAUAGAGCCUUAAAGGUGAUGUUGUUCAUAGCAAGCAACUGCUGUUUUCACCCCUUCUUCCUGAACUGGCUUUUUCCUGGCCAGGUGACUGGAGAAGAGUGGGGAAAAUAGAUUGGGUUUAGUCCUUCUACACUGACAUGCCACUUCAGGAAAUCUCAGUUGCCUCCGCCUCCAAGGAACUAUAGAUAAUAAAGUUGUAGGAAGGUUAGGUUUCUUUGUGUCUUUACCACACUGCUAGCCAAUUGCUAGUUUGACAAUCCACACUACACAUUUAAAUCAUAUUCUCCCCCAAAAUGCCAGGAACUGUAGUUUACCCCUCACAGAGCUAUUUCCAAUACCUUUAACAAACGACAGUAUCCAGAAUUAUUUGGGGAACACAUGUGCUUUCAAUAUGCAUUGAGUAGCUCAGUCAGUCGGUAGAGCAUGAAAAACUGAAUCUCAGAGUUGAGAGUUUGAGCCCUUACAUUGGGCAAACGAUUCCUGCAUUGAAGGGAGUUGGACUAGAGGAUCCUUGUGAUCCCUUCCAACUCAACAAUUCUUUGAUUCUCAGAUGUUGCUGGACGCCCAGCUUCCUUCAGCCUCGGCCAGUGUGGCCCAAUGAUCAGGGAAUUCCCCGUUUCUGGAGUUAAAAGAGUUAGUGGCAUCAUGGAAGGAAUGGGCCAAAGUUAAGUGACGUCUCAGCUUGGCAUGUUCCAUUGCUGCAUAACAUGGCUUAUUUAGCAGGAAGCAUCACAGGAAUUUCAUACUGUGCCACGUGAAAAUCUGGUACUCCUCUUGAGCAAGUUUUGGCUUUCGAAGAGGGAGCGCCUUCUUGAGCCAGGCGUCCCUAGCUAAAUCCUCAAAAGCUGAUAUGUACAAUUUGAAUAACACGAGAACGGCCUUUAACAUUCUGGGGAGGGAAAAUAGUUUUCUAAAAAAUUCUGAACUCUUCCCUUUCUUUCUCCAUCUCUAGCAAUCAUCGUGUACCGGUUACCGUGGACCUGGAAAUGCAGCAAAUUCUUGAUGAAAUUAAUCCAUGCUGGGUUAAAUACCAUCGCUCUGGUGCUUGCAGUUAUUGCUCUGGUGGCUGUUUGGGAUUUCCACAAUGCCAAGAGUAUUCCCAACAUGUACAGUCUGCACAGUUGGAUCGGACUGACUGCUGUCAUUUGUUACGCUCUGCAGGUUAGACACCGUUUAUAAACGGCACUUAAAGAGGUGGAAUAAGUUGUUCUGUCUUAUCUUUAUUAACAGUAUGUUUGCACAGCCGAACGGCCUCUGUUUGAAUCGCUUUAAUUGGGCACUUUGUAUUUACCACAAAAAUGCAACAGUUUGUAGGUAGGUAAGCCAAACUCCGUGUGUUCAUUGUGAGCAGAAUAGAUUAUGUAAAAAUGUGCAAGUUUUCUUUAGGCAGGCUAGAUUCUCAGUAUACAAAUUCGUUCAUUUCAAGCACUUUUUUAAAAGAUGCUUUCCCCCUGGUAAUCAAGCAACACCUGGGCUGGGGGUGAGGGAGAAAGAAAGAAAUAGUUUGCAAGCAUCUUGGAAUUGACACCACAGGAUGCCAUUGAAUAGGAAAAACAAGAUUAAAAAAUCUAUCCAUUUCAGUCUUUUCAGGGGAGAGGGGCAUUGAAAUGAUUUCCAAGUACUAAGCCACCAUGCUAAAGAGGAAACAGCAUUCUGUAUGCAGGGUAAAAAUAGAUUUUAUGCAAAGUCAUUGUGUGGGUUCCUGUUCAAACGUUCGCGAUUCCUUUGCCUUUCAAAAGUAAAAAUCUGCCCUGGGUUCAGACAGUUUCCCCUUCCUCCACCUCAUAGUGGAUGGUACCAGGUGUAUUUCAUAUAAGCCCGUACCUGAGGUGGUUUAGAAUGUGAAAUAUACUCGGAGUCGAGGGUAGAUUUCAUGCUCUUUAUUCAGCUCAUAGUGGUGAGGAGGAAUGGAAGUUCCCCCAGAAUGUCUGCUUUAUAUACAUUAUUUACACAAUGGGCCCCACGUGAUUGGCUAAUUCCGGGAUUCUCCUGUAGGCCAAGCAGAUUGUGGAUUCACUUCCACCUGGAGCUGGAUUGGGUGGCUCCUGUGGACCAAUCAGACUGCUGCAUUCUGUAUCCUAUUGUUCUAGGACCAAUCAGACUGCUGCAUUCUGGAUCCUAUUGUUCUAGGACCAAUCAGAUUGCUGCAUUCUGAAUCCUAUUGUUCUAGGACCAAUCAGACUGCUGCAUUUUGGAUCCUAUUCAACUCAGUACAUAACAGAAUGGUUCUUUAAAAUGGUAGACGAAGGAAGAGAAAUGUUUGAUUCAGUGUGAAGCUCUGCAGCAGUAACAGGGAGCCUGUGGCUCUCUAGUCAGUGUUGGGCUACAGAUUCCUUCAGCCUCGGCCAGCAUUUUCAGGGAUAAUAGGAGAUGCCCUUCGGAUGCCCUGCUGAUCUACCAGAGGACCCCCACCCCUAUUCUAAAGCUCCCAUAUAAUGGAAAUUCUUCAGGAACACUUGAAAGGUGAAGGGAAACCCAACGGUAGGAGCUUAAAAAGCAGUGGGGGCCUGGACACAAGAUAGCCACUGAGAUUCAGAAGUAAGCCUCAAAUAUCGAUGGGGCCUGAAUCAAUUCCGGCUAUUGGGAUUUCUGGUAAAGUUGCCUGACGCCACUGUUCACAGAAGAUAAGAGCUCACCAGCGCUGCGUUUCCUCAUCCUUUGGAACUCUCUUCUUAGAGAAUCAAGACUGGCUCCUUUUCCUUCCACCUGCAGGUGAAGACUGUUUUAUUCCUGCAGGGUAUUGGGAACUGGCUGCUUUUAAGGAAAGGGCUUUUAAGAGUGCUGUGCUGUUUUUAUCCGUAUUUUAAUGGGUUUGUUUUUAUAUCCGUUUAACUUUGCUACAUUUUAAAUGCUUUCUAAGCAUCAGCUUUUAUAUGUGUUGUUAGCUUUCUGUGUUUUAUUCAUAUUUGCUUUAAUUAUUGUGAGCCGCCUUGAGUCCUGGUUCUGGGAGAAAGGCGGGAUAUAAAUAAAAUAAUAAUAAUAAUAAUUUAUUAUUUAUUCCCCGCCCAUCUGGCUGGGUUUCCCCAGCCACUCUGGGUGGCUUCCAACAAAACACUAAAAUACAAUAACCUAUUAAACAUUAAAAGCUUCCCUAAACAGGGCCGCCUUCAGAUGUCUUCUAAAAGUUUGGUAGUUAUUUUUCUGUUUGACAUCUGGUGGGAGGGCGUUCCACAGGGCGGGUGCCACUACCGAGAAGGCCCUCUGCCUGGUUCCCUAUUACUUGGCUUCUCGCAGCGAGGGAACCGCCAGAAGGCCCUUGGCACUGAACCUCAGUGUCCAGGCAGAACGAUGGAGAUGGAGACGCUCCUUCAGGUAUACUGGGCCGAGGCCGUUUAGGGCUUUAAAGGUCAGCACCAACACUUUGAAUUGUGCUUGGAAAUCUACUGGGAGCCAGUGUAGGUCUUUCAAGACCGGGGUAAUAUGGUCUCGGCGGCCGCUCCCAGUCACCGGUCUAGCUGCCGCAUUCUGGAUUAGUUGUAGUUUCCGGCUCACCUUCAAAGGUAGCCCCACAUAGAGCGCAUUGCAGUAGUCCAAGCGAGAGAUAACUAGAGCACGCACCACUCUGGCGAGACAGUCUGCAGGCAGGUAGGGUCUCAGCCUAAUCCACAGAGUGAAUGCAACACAGCGAGUAGCACCGUUUUGUGUGUUUUUCGCCCCACAUUGUUCGCCACAGCAGCUGUGUGGUGGGACCUACUUUGAGGAUGAAAGCGCUCGCUCUUUGUGCCCACUCAAAACUGGUCUGUCAGCUCCAUGGAUGAGUGCCCAGCUUGCUUGUGUUGCGGCUGGCUCUUUGGUUUGGAGGUGCACACAAGGAAUGCGCCGGCUUGGAUUUUAGCUGACGAGGGCUUUGUUUAUUUGCUUAGGGAGACGUUUCAAGACAGCUGGGACGAGCGAAGUAACCCAUCGACAAAUAACAUGUUCAACUGCCCUCAUUUCAUGCUUGCUAAACAACAUAUCAGAAUAAUAAGCAACAGAGCAGUUGGUUCUUAGGCAGACAAUCCUUAUUUAAAACCAUUUUUAAGAUUAAAUAAAUAUGUUCUUGUUUUCUUUAAUAUCUUGAAAUGACCUCAUCUUCUCUGUUGUGUAAGAUGAUGAGCAUUUAAAGUGAACGUGUAGCAUUUUCAGAAAUAUGCAACCUUAGCUCCAUACAUGAUGGCGAUAUUUUGCCAACAAGUUAAGAGCUCUGGUCUUAAACGAUAUAGUUUUAAUGAGCUUAAGCAUUACUGUCACCUUUCUUUAAUCACUAUUUAGAUAAGUUGAAUCUGUUUCUGGGUAUGGUCACUGUUUGGUCUAGAGGUUUUCAGUGCCUUCCACAUAAAAGUACAGCUAAGAAAACUACAUUAAAUAUUUCUUCCCUAACGUCCUUUACAUCAGAUGUCAAGGAAAUAAACAACUAGCUGACUUUUAGAAGACAUCUGAAGGCAGCCCUGUUUAGGGAAGUUUUUAAUGUUUGAUGUUUUAGCGUGUUUUUAAGAUUCUGCUGGGAGCUGCCCAGAGUGGCUGGGGAAACCCAGCCAGGUGGGUGGAGUAUAAAUAAUAAAUAGUAAUUAUAAUUAAUACCCCUAUUUUUGCCUGCCCAUUUGUGGAGCAGCAUCCUUGUUGAGAUACAGCAGGCUUCCACUAUUAGCAAUUUCCAGAAACAACUUAAAUGUUUGUGGGGGUUUUGCUUUUUUGGCCAGGUUGGGAAUUGGGUCUCUUUUUUGCUUGGAUGAUGGCUUGUAUUGUGUUUAAAUCUACUUUUAGGUGUGUGUGUUUCUAUUGCAUGAUUGUAAAUAUUGUCAAAAUAUAUAUGAAAGGCGAUUCAUAAACCAUAAUAGUAGUAAUAAAUCCCUUUAAUAUACCGUAUUUUUCACCCCAUAGGGCGCACCGGCCCAUAGGGUGCACCUAGUUUUGGCGGGGGGAAUAAAGAAAAAAAAUUAUUUCCCUCCCCAGGCGCAGGGCUGGGGCGGGGGAAGCCCGAGCUUCCCCCGACCCCAGCCCCCAGAACAGGCUGCUCUCCGCAAGCCGUGGGAGCCUGGCGCGACUUCCAGACUUCCUAGGGAGCCCGCUGCGCGGCCCAGGCUUUGAGAUGCAGGCAGCUCUCCGCAAGCUGUGGGAGCCUGGCGGGAACUCCCGCGGGCUCCCAAGGCUUGCAGACAGCUUCCUGAAGCCUGGAGAGCGAGAGGGGUCGGUGCGCACCGACCCCUCUCCCUCUCCAGGCAUCAGCGAAAGCCUGCAUUCGCCCCAUAGGAUGCACACACAUUUCCCCUUCAUUUUUGGAGGGGAAAAAGUGCGUCCUAUAGGGCGAAAAAUACGGUAAUUAUGGGGAACAUUAUAUUUCCAUUACAGCUUCCAAAACAUAUUCCAGUAGUUGUUGGGCUUAGAACAUUUUUAUCACAUGUGAUGAAACAGCCUGGAGGUUUUAAAAAAUCAAGUUAUAGGAAACAUAGACCUUAGCUUGCUGCUCUGCUUCUGUCCUUCUUCCUUGUAGUGUUUAUAGGCAGACUAGGGAGCAAGUGAAUUCCAUCGGACGUAGGACCGGGAGCGGCCAGCUCACUACCGAAAAUUAUUUUCCCUCUUUUGCACUGUUCAUCUUGCUUUGCCUGUUCAUUAAAAAGAAAGACUUGGAAAUGAGUCACACCCACUCCUAAUUUGAUAUUUUACCCUUCUGUCUGGUUCUCGUUUGCUUUUCUGCUCUACAAGGCAAGAGGGCAUAACUCUGCUUUGCAUUGCUUGGGCUUCUGGCUCCACAUUUGAACAGCAUCCUCCUCUUGGCUUCUGUCUGUAUUGCAUGCGUGUUUGACAGUUUAUGCAUCUCAGUAGGCUCUGGCCCACGGAAAUUUAUGCCGCAAUUAAUUGGAUAUUCUUUAAAGCGCCGCAGGACUCCUUGGCUGAGUUAGCAUGGAAGGGUAAGCCAAACUGGGACUUAUCUUGAACAUGUGAGUGGGUGCGCUCCCAGAGAAUAUAUCAUGGCUGCUUCAAUCCUUUUCCUUAAAUUUUUUUUUUUUUUCAGUUUUACAAUUACUGUAUUGGUCCAAAUAUAAGCCUCACCCAAAUAUAAGCUGCACCUUUAAAAUUAAAAGGGGGAGGAGAGAGAAAGACAAUGCCCUAAUACAGGGAUCAGCAAACUUUUUCAGCAGGGGGCCGGUCCACUGUCCCUCAGACCUUGGGGGGUGGACUGUUUUUUGGGGGGGCGGGGGAAUGAAUGAAUUCCUAUCCCCAACAAAUAACCCAGAGAUGCAUUUUAAAUAAAAUCACACAUUCUAUUCAUGUAAAAACACUAGGCAGGCCCCACAAAUAACCAAGAGAUGCAUUUUAAAUAAAAGGACACAUUCUACUCAUGGAAAAACAUACUGAUUCCUGGACCGUCCGGGGGCCGGAUUGAGAAGGCUAUUGGGCCAGAUCCAGCCCCCGGUCCUUAGUUUGCCUAAAAAGGUAAAGGUACCCCUGCCCGUACGGGCCAGUCGUGUCUGACUCUAGAGUUGUGCGCCCAUCUCACUUCAGAAGCCGGGGGCCAGCAAUGUCCGGAGACACUUCUGGGUCACGUGGCCAGCGUGACAAAGCUGCUCUGGCGAGCCAGGACCAGCGCAGCACACGGAAACGCUGUUUACCUUCCCGCUAUAAAGCGGUACCUAUUUAUCUACUUGCACUUAAGAGUGCUUUCGAACUGCUAGGUGGGCAGGAGCUGAGACCGAACGACGGUUAGUUUGUCUACCCAUGCCCUAAUAUAAGCCACUUGCUUAAAAUUCUGCAGGCACUCGCACCCGUUCUGUUUUACCGUAUGUCUGUUUCAGCAGCGAUAUCGUAAAAGCCCAUUUUUGUAAGGUCGCGAAUUUAAGCCGCACUUUCAACUUUUCACAGUCAGAAUUUGGGGGGGGGGGUGAGGCAUAAGUGAGGUACGUCAUUUCCCACUCUUGUACAGUAGUUAUUUUAGUCCUUCUGUUUGUGUUUAAACAACAUAUACCAGUAAAAUAACUUGCUCUUUCUGUGUAGCUUGUUCUAGGUGUUGCUGUCUUCCUGCUUCCCUUUGCUCCCGGUUCUCUUCGGGCAACCUUGAUGCCAAUUCAUGCUUAUUUUGGCCUUCUAAUCUUCGGAACGGUGAUUGCGACAGCCCUCAUGGGAUUCACAGAAAAACUUAUUUUUGCUUUGUAAGUAUUUUUUAUUUACGCCGUCGUAGAUAAAAAAAGGUCUUGGUGUUUUUCUUGUUUGGUCUCAAGCGCUGCUCUUAUAACAGCUUUCUUUUUCCAGAUCGAGCCCUGGAUAUCAAUAUAAAGAUUCUCCCCCAGAGGCCAUCUUUGUCAACGUUCUUGGUGUUCUGAUCUUGGUCUUUGGUGCUGUUGUUUUGUGGAUGGCAACAAGGCCCCACUGGAAGCGCCCGCAGGAGCCGGAUUUGAAAAUCUCUCACCGAAACGGAGGAACGCUUGACAAAGAGGGAUCGACUAUGACGGACUGCAGCAACGCGGAGAAGUCUGACGUGGAGUUCAACAGCGAGGCAGCCAGGAAACGCAACCUGAAACUGGACGAAGCUGGUCAGAGGUCAACCAUGUGAAGGUGUUGGGAGCUACAGCCGUACAUCUCUCAAUACCAAAAGGGCUAUUUUUCUCCCUCGCCUCUUUAGCUGUGCAACAACACAAUAUAUAUUGCUUGCUUAGUGCUACGGGGAUAUUCAUUGAUGACGAGGCGGCAAGGACUUUGAUUCUAGAAGAACUCGUGUUUAUUGGUCAGUUGUUCUGAAUGUAACUUUUCAUUGACAUGGGGCUGGAAUGAAGCAUGUCAGUUUUCCGCUGGUACAAGGCCUGUUGUCUUGGCAAAUCUCUUUGAGGAGCAGCUUGCCAGUGUGGUGCUCCAUUCCUUCCCAUAUUUUGGGGGUGAGCAGAUCCUAAAACCAUCGCCAUGACAAUUUUAUCACUAAAACCAAUAAAACGUUAGGGUGUUUGUAACGGAAGGGUCUCUAGAAAAAUGGCUAUAAACCAGUUAGGAGAAAAAUAGCACAGGUAUUGAAAGAGAGGAAAUGUUUUGGGGGGCAGACAUCGCAUAAAGAUUUGCCAAAAUGAUUACAAUCUUCCUAUGAGUGUUGCUCAUAUCAGCCCUUAUAGUCUCAGAGGUGCAAUCAGAGUUCUGUUUGUGCCGUUCCAGGUUAUCUUACACAACUGGCAUGGCAACAUCUAACUCCUCCAUCCCUUGAUUUCACACAAGCUUUGGUGUUUAGGUUUUUUUUUUACAUUGCACACUUCAUCUCAUGUUAAACCACAUAAUUUGCACCCUAACAAUAUUGGAGGGCACAGUCCAUCAAGCCACGGCUACCAAGAGUGUUUCUGCACAACAGUGUGAAAUUGAUAUAGGCUGCUCAGCCACUGUGUUUGGAUUAAAAUGGUCCCUUGACUCCAGUGGGACAAAAAUCCAAUAUAAGUGGAAGGAUGUUUGCAUCCUAAAGCAGUCCUCUUCAAAACACUUUGGAAUAUUGACCUCUUAAAGGCACUGGUAGAACUAUGUUCAAUAACUGUAAGAAGAAUGAUGACAUGCUUUGCACACUUUUCGCUAUAGGAAAACUUUAUGCAAAAGCAUUUUACCUUUAGUUUACAGCCUGCACUUUGUAACUUUACAAAAAAAAACAAAGCCCUCGCCACGGUCACAUUAUUACAGUCAAUAUUCUAAUUCUCCAAAAUAAAUUCAUUUGGCACAGCACACAGACGAGUAACUACUUCCCGUUUAUAUGCCAAAUAGCAAUCUGACGAUACGGUACCCUCAUUCAGCUAAACAAACCAUAAUGCUAUUUAUUUAAAGAGCUGGCUGCUAUUUAUAGUUGCAUCAUUUGUUAAAGGGUCUUCUUUAUAAGAGCUGCAGUUUCUAUUUUUUUUUUAAAUGAUAUUAAGAAUUUUAAAAUUACAAGAAAAACAAAAAGAAAAAGAAAGAAAAAACAAAAGAAAAACAAACCACAGUCAAGCAAUACAAAUUGAUAAAAAUCAAAAUCAAAAAGUAACAACAAAACACAUAACACAUGACAAUCCAAAAGCAAAAAUAAACCACAAAAAUUUAAAAACAAAUCCAAUAUUCCAAAAUCCUUAACUGUCAUUGCCUUAUUUCAUCGACCUCCUCACUCGUCCCUUUUUUGUAUCCUAGUUGUUAAUUAUCACAGCAAAUCCUUUCCAUUUUUCAUAAUAUUCUGUCAUUAAAUUACCUUAAUCUAUUUUAACCUUAUCUUACUAUAAAAGACCCUAAAACUUAAAACUUAUAUCUUAUUUAUAUCAGUUUCUCAUAACCAUAACAUAUUCUUACAUAAUUCCUUUAACAUUUUUGCUAAAGCCAAAUGAUUUCGUUCCAACAUUUUUCUAACAUUCAUCAAUUUUAUAAAACAAUCCUAAUAAAAAAUUUUUAAAAAAAACUUUCAUCCAAUCUUCAUCCAGCGUCUCUUCCUCCUGGUCCCGGGUUUGUCAGUCCUUUCUAUCCCAUCAAUCUAGCUCAUUAACCUGGUAAUCUUAUGUCCGAGGCCCUUAAGUCUCUUCCAUGUCCCUUCCGCAGCUCUUCUUCAUAUUUAUACCUGUACUUUACUUUGUCUCCUGCUCCUUUCACUCGUGGAAACUCCAACUUGACAGUGUUUUGACCCUUCUCGACAAAUCAGCCCCUUUUCCAUAGUCCACACUAAACUCCAUGUGGUAUUUAAAAACAUGUUUCAAAAUCCCUCCAGAAUUAAGAGCCCCCACAACCCCAAACAUCUCACGGUCCAUUGCCAGACUUGGAAAGUCAAAACAUCCCUGCAUAGGGGGGUCUAUCCAACCCCCCAUUUCCAAACCAAACAAAACUCUAUCUCUCCAAGCCUGGCUUUUUCCAAGUUCAUUUGUCAAAUCCAACAACUCGUGUUCCUGCUGGGCCACAGCUCCCUGCAUCUCUGGCGCCCAAGAUCCAGCAACAUCCUCUUCCCUCAUCUGAUCUGUCAGAGCACACUCCUGAUUUGAUUCCAAGCUGCAGUUUCUAAGAGAUCCGGGGAGGGAAGGAGGUUACAAAGAAAACGCCUUGGAAUUGAAACCGGAACCUUUAUCAUGGACACAUUAGGGAAUGUUACAUAAUUUUGUAAAAUGUAAGGAAGCCAGCUUCACUCUAGGUAAUGCUAAGCAGUAUAUUCAGCAGUUAUUUUUAAGAUCUCGGGCUAGCUUCAAUUCUGAAAGCACUAUGCUGAGAUUUUCCCAAAAGGAGUAGUGAUUCUGGAAUGAUUUCUUAGGGCAUUGGGAUAUAACCGGAAAUCUAUGGAAGCUUGUUGACUGUUGUACAUAUAUGUUGUAAAUUGUCAGUACAGUCAUACCUCGGGUUAAAGACGCUUCGGGUUAAAUCUUUUCAGGUUGCGUCCCACGGCAACCCGGAAGUAACGGAAUGGGUUACUUCCGGGUUUCGCUGCUUGUGCAUGCACAGACGCUCAAAAUGACGUCAUGUGCAUGCGCAGAAGCGGCGAAUCGCAACCCGCAGGCGCAGGUUGCCUUCUGCUCAGAUUGCGAACGGGGCUCCGGAACAGAUCCUGUUCGCAGCCAGAGGCACCACUGUAUCUGCUGAUGUGAUUUUACAGAAAAUUGCAUCCGGACCGUCAGGGCCAAAUCUGCUGUUUGUGUCUCUUCGUUAUAAAAAUUCUCUGGUAUUGUUUAUGGCUCAAAACUGAAACAUGCUGGUUUUCAUUGUGUAAAGAAAAGGCUUUUAUAUUUUGUACUACCCUGUUCUACUGAAUUCUAAUGAAAAUCAGCACUUGUCUGUGAAUGAACAGAGCUGAUCGGAAGCUAAGCUGGAUACGUGCAUGCCCAUCUUCUGACCAGGCCUACUGGGGGAAAGAGUGAACAACCUCUGUGAAUGGCCUGUUCUGGAAACCUUUCUGCAGCCCUUGUUAGCAAUGCAAUGGGAAGCGAGCCUGAGAGAAGUCUUAGCAUACAUAAACAAUCCCUUUGCCCCCCAUGGCAUGUGACCGUGGUUGGGUGUCACGUGAUAGAGGGUGUGGCCAUAUUCUUUCUCACACUCUCAUUUCCUUUGGUUUUAUAUGUAAGCCCAGGACAUCCAUCAUGAUGAGCUUCCAUAUCAUCAACUUUUGAAAAGUGAACUUCCUGAACAGAUCAGUCUGUUAAUGUUCGGUGUGGUGUUCGUGGCCAAGCUAAUACCAUCUCAUGCCUGUUCAGCAAGCUGUGCAAUAGUUUGGUAAGCUCUGGCUCUGGCAGUGUCAAAAAAUGUUGAAAGUUGUAUUAUGCUAGCCCUCGUUAUUUUGAAAAACUUAUAUGGCUGCAAUAUUGUUUUUUAUUAUAUCAAUGGCUGCCUUAUUUCAUAAAAUCAGUAGCUGAAGGUAUGCUUCUCAUUAAGUAUAUUUAAGAAGAUACAUAGGGUAUUGUAAAUAAGAAUAAGCAGUGUAUAUUGGUAAUGAUAACUUGGCUCUUAUAGAAGGAAAUGGAAAUAUUUUGUAAUUUCCUAAUUACCAAAGAUGUUGCGUUUUUAAAAAAUGCAUUUGAAUAUAUUCCAUUUGCAGAGCUUAUUUUGCAGAGCAAAAGGGGGGCAAAUGUUUUGUUACGUUUCCUUUUUUAUAUUGCAAUAAAAGUUAUGAAGUCUU